UUGCAAACUACUGAAAAAAGGAAGACAACAACCCAUCUUCAGCAGGUAUUCAAUUUUUGUCUGCCAUAUAUAUAUAUAUGUAUAUAUAUAUCGCCGGUCUCUUCUCAAUAACAGCCCCAUACUUUUGCGCCUCUCUCUCUCUCUGUAUCAAAUCUACAUCUUGCCCUCUCUUUUGCGGCAGCCGCCAUUUUCUCUGCCCUUGUUAACAGAGAGUUUGGCGGUUGUUUUGAUCCGUAUAUAAUAAACCCCCCCAAAUCUGUCGAGAUUUAGAUUCGAAUCUAUUCAUCGGCGUUAUGAGUUUUUCUAUGUGCGCGAUUCGAAUGGAGGCUCUGUCGUUGGGUACUGCUGCUUCUGAUGAGGGACACUUUCAUGUUGAUCUACGAGACAACAACAACAACGCAGAAGAAGAAUGCGCUGAUAAUUCUAACCUGGAAGAAGAAGGGGGUCUGGAAGAGACAGAAUCUAUUGCCAUUCAGAAAGCUGUCAAAGUCUUGCUUCAAGGUCUGGGCGAAGAUGUAACCCGAGAAGGCCUUAGGAAAACUCCUCUCCGCGUAGCCAAGGCUCUAUUGGAAGGAACUAGAGGUUAUACUCAGAAGGUGAAAGAUAUUGUUCAGGAUGCCCUUUUCCCAGAAGCCGGAAUAGAAAGAGGAAUUGGAAACGCUGGAGGCUCUGGCGGCCUGGUUAUUGUUCGAGAUCUCCAUCUCUUUUCUUACUGUGCUUCUUGUUUACUACCCUUUCAUGUCAAGUGUCAUGUCGGAUACAUCCCAUCUUAUAACCGUGUUUUAGGCUUAAGUAAACUGUCUAGGGUUGCUGAUGUAUUUGCUAAGCGGCUCCAGAAUCCACAACGUCUGGCAGAUCAAGUUUGCUACGCCUUGAACGAUGGAAUCAGCCCCUCCGGUGUUGCAGUCCUUCUUCAAUGCUCGCACGUUCACUUCCCAUUCUACAAUGAAAAUGCCGACGACCAUAAGGGAUGGGUUUAUCAACAGGCUAUUUCUGGUUCUGGGAUUUUCGGGAAUGAAAAUGCAGAUAUUUGGGGUGACUUUCUCAGUCUUUUGAAGUUCAGAGGAGUUGUAGUAAAUCUUGACAAGAGGAGGAAGAUAACAACUCGGAUAGGAGAUAACUGGUGCCCGUCUCAUCCUAAGAUUGGACCAAUCGAUUCGACAAUGACCAUGGCUGUUGAUUCGAUACUCCGGGCAUUAGGUGAAGAUCCCACAAGAGAAGAGCUUCUUGGAACUCCUGCCCGUUUUGUGAAAUGGCUGACCAACUUUAAAACCUACAACGUGGAGAUGAAAUUGGAAAAUGGGGUUGUGAAUGGCAGCAGCAACAACAGCACUAACUGCGAUGAACUAGGUGUCUGCUCAGAGCUGAACAUUCCGUUUUGGUCUCAAUGUGAGCACCACCUCCUUCCAUUUCAUGGUGUUGUGCACAUAGGGUAUAUCUGUGGGAAUGGAGGAGUGAAACGAAUUGGAAAACAAGUUCUGCAGUCAAUAGUCCAUUUUCAUGGAUUCAAGCUGCAAGUGCAGGAAAGGUUAAACAGACAGAUAGCUGAGACAGUUUCUUUGUUGAUCGGGGGAGGAGAUGUGAUGGUGGUGAUAGAGGCUAGCCACACAUGUAUGAUCACAAGAGGUAUUGAGAAGUUUGGAAGCAGUACGGCUACAGUUGCUGUAUUGGGUAGGUUUUCAACAGAUUCAAGAGCAAGGGGUAAAUUUCUGGAAAGCAUUCCAAAAUUCGAUACUUGUUCUUCUUGAUUGAGCUGCUGCAUGAUUAAAUUAUUGAUAGAGAAUAAUUUGCAAGAGAUGUAAGAUUUGUUUGUUCAGUUAAGAUCCCCCCCCCCCCCCCCCAAAUCCAAUUACUUACAGGGAUGGGAUGGGGGUUCUGAAGUGAGAAAUUGUUUUACCAUUCAAUAGUUUUAUUAUAAGGAGAGAGGAUGAAUGUACAUUCAUUCAUUCUUUCUCCAGCUUAUGGAAUUACUAUUAUUAUUAAUAUUAUUGAAGCUAUUAUUAGUUUAAACUAAUUGA